CUUCACACCCGCGCAUGCGCCUUACCAUCCUCUCGUCUCCAUGGUGAGAGGCACCGACGCUUCUAUCCGGCUACUAAAGGCAGUGGAGCAGGGAAUGGACAAUUACAGGAUAUUGGAAGAAUGGGGCCCGGGCACAUUUGGAGACGCCUGCCUUGUGGAGGAGCUGAAGGGAAAUACCCAAUAUGUCAUUAAAAAGGUGGAGUGCAUGGAUGAACGGGAAGCGAACCUCGCAGCCGGAGAGGCUGCGCCCCUGUUACGCCUCCGGCACCCCAAUAUCUGCGCCUACAGGGAGUUCUUCGUAACCUGGGAUAAUAAGAUCUCGGCGCUGUUUUUCUGCCUGGCGACGGAUUACUGCGCCCACGGGGAUGUCGCCGCCAUGGUGCGACGGAACAGACAGCGGGUACAGAACACGGAGGAAAAGGUCAUCCAGGUACUGCUGGGCCAGAGCAUCAAUGCACUGAUAUAUAUCCACCAACAGAACCUCCUCCACAGAAACCUCAAACCCAGCAAUAUCUUCCUGAAAGACGAAUCUACGUUUCUGAUUGGCGACUUGCUCCCGGAGCGGCUGCUGAGCGACGAGAUGAGAAUAGAGAAGAGACUGGGUGACGAGUGGCGCUUAUGGGCGGCGCCGGAGGCCAUGACACUUACGUACAGCGAGAAGUCGGACGUCUGGUCCCUCGGCUGUGUAUUACUGGAGGUGAUGAGCUGUUCCCUAUACACGGGAGAAAUGGUAGCGUCCCUACUGAGAGAGAUAAGGGCGGAGCCACUGUGCGUAGGGAAGUUGGUACCGACGCUCCAGGCCAUUGGUGGAUAUCCCGCUGGGCUCUGCCAACUCCUCCCAUUAAUGCUACAGAUUGAGCCUGAGAAGCGCUGCACAGCCAUCGAGUUAGUGGGCGUGCCCUAUGUGAAGCAGUGCUUGGCUCUGAUUGGCUCAACUCUGUCGGGCCAAAAGAAAACCUUGCCGUCUGGUGCAAUCGCUGAAUUGGAGGAGGCUGGGGUAGAAAAGACUUUAGAGUUCAUGCAGAGACAUUCAGAUUUUGAAGAUGCUCAGACUGCAGCAAUAAGUCACCUGUCUGCAUACGCCAGGCACCCCGAUGGUUUGGGGCACAUAGAGGAGAUAAUAGCCCUGGUGGUGCAAGCGAUGCGCCUACACUGCAGUUCCCUGGAUAUCCUGCUAGAUGGCAGCAAACUCCUCCAGGAUCUUCUAACCCAAGCGCUGGAACACGGUUACGAGGGUGAAAGUUUCACAAGCAACGACCUGGUUGUUACGCUCGUGGCAGCCGCGAGGUCCUUUCCUCACAACAUGAGCCUCCUGUCCGUCAUCUAUCGGGUGAUAAUAAUCCUCUGCACCAAUGAGGCGGCAACAGAAAUGUUAGGGAAGGCGGGGUUCCUGGAGGGCGUCGCCAAGAUCAUGGGCCGCGUGUUGCAGAGCCGAGAGAUGUGCGUGUCCUGCUGCCGACUGCUCUGGAGCAUUGGUACCGCCGAGGGGUCGCCCCAGAGAGUUUGGCUGGAAUUGGCCGCGCCGCGAAUCCUCCCCCUGCUCAGCGGGUACAUGGGGGAUCCCCCAGUCGUGGAAGUGGCCUGUGGGGCCCUAUGGAUCAUGUGUCUGAAAGGGUGCGUGGCCGAGAGUGACACCGUGCACCCCGCGUGGAUAACCCAUUGGUUGCUUGGAAGCUCGCUACUAAUUGCCAUGACGGCCACGCCGCCGGUCGCCCCGACCACCGGAGGCCGAGUGCAAAUCUCACCUCUCGGGCCAGAGGGAAAACGCAACCCUCUUCCUACCAGCUGCACCGCCGAACGAACCAGAAAUCUCGUAGAGGAAUAUCUGCUUGCUGUGCUACGACAUGCUUCCAUCAAACUGGAUUAA